AUGGAGAAUAUGGGAAGUAGACUGAUAGAGCCACUGAUAGUGGGAAGAGUGGUAGGAGAUGUUCUUGAUUUUUUUACUCAAACAAUUGAAAUGAAUGUGAGUUACAACAAGAAACAAGUCUCCAAUGGCCAUGAGCUUUUCCCUUCCUCUGUCUCUUCCAAGCCUAGGGUUGAGAUCUAUGGCGGUGAUCUCAGAUCCUUCUUCACCUUGGUGAUGAUAGACCCUGAUGUUCCAGGUCCUAGUGACCCCUUUUUAAAAGAACACCUGCAUUGGAUCGUUACAAACAUCCCCGGUACAACGGAUGCUACAUUUGGAAAAGAGGUUGUGAGCUAUGAGUUGCCAAGGCCAAAUAUAGGGAUACACAGGUUUGUGUUUGUUCUCUUCAAGCAGAAGCAAAGACAUGUAAUGUUCCCAAACAUUCCUUCAAGAGAUCAGUUCAACACUCGCAAAUUUGCGAUGGAGCAAGAUCUUGGUCUCCCUGUCGCGGCUGUCUUCUUUAACGCGCAGAGAGAAACCGCAGCCCGCAGACGUUAAUCAUGUUUAUGAUGCAAGAAUAAAAUAAUUAUUAACAUGAGGAUGGAAGGAUGUAUGAAAAAAUGUAACCAUGUUUAGUUAUAUUCUAUGUUUCCG